CCUUGGGGGUCCCCAGCCCGAGCAGCGGGCGAUGGGGGGCAGGCGGGGGCUGCUGAGCCAUCACCCCCCACCUGCUGCGAGGGUCCUGUCGGCGGGAGGGCUGGGGGUCCCUGAAACAAGGAGUCCCUUCAGCACGGCCCCGGGCACGGUGCGCGUGCACGGCAUGGUGCCGGGAGCGUGCGAAGGGAAACUCGAGCUGGUUUGCUGAAGCCCCGUGUGCUCAGCUCCCGCGGAGCAGCCAGACCAGCAGCUGCCCUGCUCCUCGCCGUCAUGAGCCCAGCCUUUGGUAAGCAGUUUCCUGAUAACCCGCCUGGCGCUGAGGAUGCCAUGCAAAGCCGCAAGAGCUGGACGUCAGAGCCAAGGAGGGAAGCAAGGAGAACAUGGGCCUCCCCGGGACACGAUUCUGCUAAUGCAUGUCUCAAACCUCUCUGCACCGUCAAGAGGCUGUUCCUGCUGCUCGGGGUCACCGGGCUGCUGGCGGGGACAGCAGCGGGGGCAUGGCUCCUAGUGAAACACCUGAGGAAGCCUCAGCGAGACCAGGGCUUCACCUUGCUGCAGGAGCCAGACGCGAUGCCAGCGUGCAGUGAUGGUGAAGAGGAAGACCCCGUGGUCCGUGGGGCUCCCAGUAGAGUGUCUUUCAGGAUAAAUGUGGCCAACUCCUUGCUGGAAGCACAGAUGGAAGGCCACCCCGGCUGGCUCCUGGUGUGCCAUGAGCACUGGAGUCUCUCCCUGGGCACCCUGCUCUGCCGGCAGCUCGGGUAUCUCAGGAUGACCCAUCAGAAAGGAGUGAACCUGACAGAUGUCAAGGUGAACAACACUCAGGAGUUUGUUCAGGUGAGACCCCACCAGGAAGGCAGCCUGGAAGACAUGUGGCAGGUCAGGAGCAGCUGUCAAUCAGGUCGAAUUGCGGCUCUGAAAUGCUCAGAGUGUGGGCUGCGCCGCGGGGCUGCGCGGGUGGUGGGGGGCGCAGACGUGCCCCCAGGGCGCUGGCCCUGGCAGGUCAGCGUGUACCAUGGCUCCCAGCACCACUGCGGAGGCUCCGUGCUGGCACACGAGUGGAUUGUCACAGCAGCUCACUGCGUGCACAGUUACAGGCGGCUUCAGGCCUCUGCCUGGCUGGUUUUUGCAGGCGUUAUCACCCACGGCUCCAUCAAGCAGGAGGCUGGGGUAUCGGUAAAGAAAAUAAUUUAUCACCCGCUUUAUAACGACAACAGCCUUGACUAUGACAUUGCUCUGCUGAAGCUCCAGGUCCCCCUGAAUUUCUCAGAUGCCGUCCGUGCCGUGUGUCUGCCGCCCGCCCAGCAGGACCUCUUCCAGGGCACGCAGUGCUGGGUGUCCGGCUGGGGCUAUACCAGACCAGACCAAGCACAGGUUACCGAGACACUGAAGGAAGCACUCGUUCCCUUGAUCGGUACCAAGCGGUGCAACAGCUCGUGCAUGUACGCCGGCGAGCUCACUGCCAGGAUGCUGUGUGCCGGCUACCUGCACGGGAAAAUCGACGCGUGCCAGGGUGACAGCGGGGGGCCCCUGGUCUGCCAGGAUGAAGCCGCCUGGCGCUUAGUAGGCAUCGUGAGCUGGGGGCAGGGCUGCGCGGAGCCCAACCACCCUGGGGUUUAUGCCAAUGUGGCCCAGCUCCUGCCUUGGAUUCAUCACGUCACUGAGAUCUACUAGAAAUAAGGCAAGGAGACUUCACAGUGCAACGCUUUGCCCCUUCCACCUAGUAAGUGGCAAACGGUCCAGGACUAAUUCAUACCAUGUUACUACAAACCUAAGA